AUAUUUUCAUCUUCAAAAGUACCCACUUUCUUUAAAAUGCGUCGUUCCUUCUAUGCGUCUUCAACAGAAAACACCCCAAUGAUGAUGACCCAAGCAAGGGUGCUCUCAACUGGAACAACAGAUAAUGGAACCAUACGAUAUGAUGAAGUCGACGAAACAAAAAGGUGGUUCAAUCGUAGAUUCUGUUUUCUGACCGUAAUUGGAAUUGCUGUAUUACUUCUUGCAAUGGUUGUAAUUGUCGUAAUUGUACUUCUUUUGACACAAUUGAAGGCGGCUAAUUCAAAUGCUCAAAAUGCUAUGAGUUCUUCUAAAGUUCAAUUGGAGGAAUUGACUAGGAAACUAUCACAGCCAUUAGAACAGCUUGGACCAACACUUGAGCGAUUAUCAAACAUGCCCGGAUUCCCGAUGGGACCAUCUCCAACCACUCAAACUCCUCCAGGAGUCCCUCCUAUAAGUCCCAUUGUGACUGGUCCAAAUACUACUCCUGAAUCUCCAAGACGAUCCCCAAAGGCUAGAUACGAGUGGAAAGGCUGCCAAAAUUUGGGAAAAUGUGAACUUUCUGGAUACACCAAGCCUCCUCUUGUAAUUUUAAGUCUGGAUGGUUUUGCGCGAGAAUACGUGGAUAGAAAUAUAGUUCAAACUUUAAAUCAUAUUGCUGAUUGUGGAGUGAAAGCUGACAAAGUUUACCCUUCAUAUCCAUCUAAAACAUUUCCGAAUCACUAUUCAAUUGUGACGGGACUUUGGCCUGAAUCUCACGGAAUAACUGAUAACAGCGUUUUUGAUCCAACUAUUUCACCAGUUUUGGAGUCUAUGAAAAGUACAAAAUAUGAAAAGUUUUUUGAAGGUGAACCGAUCUGGUCAGUAUACAAACGUAAAACUGGGAAGAAAGCCAAUUGUUUGUUUUGGGUGGGAUGUGCGUAUAACAAUAGUGGAUAUGCACCUGAUGUUGCACCUGCUUAUAAUCAAGAACUUCCCUUCAGAAAUCGAAUUGAUACAGUUGUUGAAUGGUUGAAGCUUCCAGUUGAUGAACGUCCUGGACUGAUAACUGCUUAUCUUCAUGAACCAGAUAAUGCUGGGCAUUAUCAAGUUGAUGAAGAAGAUGUUGAUGAAAAACUUGCAGAAAUUGAUGAAAAUUUGGAUUAUUUAAUGAGCAGACUUAGUGAAGAAAAACUUCUCGAGUGUAUUAAUUUUGCAAUACUUUCGGAUCAUGGAAUGCAAUUGAUUGAUAAAACAUACUAUUUUCAAGAUUAUCUCGAUUUAAAAGGUCUUAUCACUGCAAAGGGAGUUGUUGGCAGAGUUUAUAUUAAUGAUACCACUAUUUCCGUAAAUGACGUGGUGGACAAGUUUCGGUGUAAAAUUGACACCGUUAAAACAAAUACAAGAUCAGAUGUUCCAACAAGAAAACAUUAUUCAAGGGAUCCGAGGGUUGGGGAAGUUUUAUUAGAAGGAAGGGCUGGAGUUACUUUUUACAAAAGUAAAGCUGACGAUUAUGAACUAUCCGGAGACCAUGGAUACGAUUAUUUCAAUCCAAAAAUGCAUACAAUUUUCUAUGCACGAGGACCAUCAUUUAAACAAAACACAACUAUCAGUCCUUAUCAAAAUAUUCAAUAUAUGAAUCUUUGGAUGAAUCUUCUUGGAAUUGAAGGUGCUGUUGAAACAAAUGGAACUAUUGGAUUUUUUGACAACAUACUCACGAAUCCACCGAGAAGAGACAAUCCAACUAAUGUGAUUGGUGAAUGUCCAAUGAUUGCUUUUCCAUCGGUUCUUAAGUGUUCUGGAAACGUUUCAGCUGAAACUUUGAACCAACUAUCAGUGAAACUUACAAACUGUGCAUUCUCCCCAACAAAUAUUCCAUUGUACUCUGACAAUCAUUGUUUUCAAAACUAUUGUGAUAAUUCUGUCAUUGUGUCUCGUAAGGGAAAUGAUGCUCGGCGAGCAAUAAUUGAAGUCUUAUCAAGAGAUGAAGCUUCGAACCCUUCAAAUUUCACUUUUCUCAAUGCAAAAUAUCAAUCUAAUUGUCCGAGCCAUAUUCCGACGGGAAGUCUAACGAUACGUCAAAAUUCACAACUCAGCAGUAUGGUCGAUGAGCGCAUCGAUGUUCCAAAUAACUUUUUAUUGAAAGUACUAGAUCCACUACAAGCAAAAUCGAUGGAAUAUUUAAACAAAUUUGGGAAAAUGUACGUAAUAUCGGGAACUGCAACGGAUAUUAAUCAUGACGGAAUUGCUGAUUCAAAUGGAUCAGUCAUCACACAUAUCUAUCGAAUUAUGUUGAUCUGCAAUUCCACGUGGCUUUUGAUGAAUCCUCCACUUUGCACAGAUUCAGAUUCAAUGGACACAUUAUCUUUUAUUUUUCCAAUAACCGAACAAUCAACUAUAGAUUGCAUGAGCUCGGAUGACAUUCUUCUUGACUACACAGCGACGAUUUUUGAUGUUGAAAGAAUAUCUGGUUUCCAAUUCGGUAUUGGUGCUCUAAGCCAAAAUCAGAAUACAAUUAUUAGAAGGAAGAUAUCUACAAAACUCUGGUAAAAUAUUAUAAUGCAUAAUUUUUGAUAAUUUGAUUUUUUAUACUGAUAUUAUUUGUACGGAUUUAUGAAUGUCUUGUCAUCAAUUUGUUUGAAAAAGUUUAAAAUUAGAAUAAAAUAUUUUGGCUCU